AUGUCGCGAAGGGGCUGCACCAAGGAGCACUUCUUCUCUGAAGCUGACAUGGAGACGAUCAAUAUGGACAAUCGACUCAAGGAUCUCGUGAAAAUAGAUUCUAAGAUGGUCAAGAAGAUUCUCCAUAACCGGGAAUACGCAAGCACAAAGAUGAGAGGUGCAAAAAAGCAAACCACAUCCAAGAUCUUCAGCGCCGGGCUGAUGCACUAA